AUGGGUUUACUCGACAUACGCGCGCCGACUUCGUUGCGGCUUGCUUGGGGCGACUCUUGGGACCCUACGUCAGUAACGGCCUCCUCACCCUUCGUCAUCUUUAAGAAACCGCAAGAAGCGCAUCCAUCCAUCGACAAUCUUGUUCUCCUCGUCUUUGGCGCCGUUUUGGAAGUCGUUUGCGUCAGCUUGCCUGGUUACAUCAUCGCGCGCUUGGGCCAUUUCGAUGCCGACAAGCAAAAGUUUCUUGCCAACCUCAAUGUUAUGCUAUUUACGCCAUGCCUGAUUUUCACGAAGCUUGCAUCCCAGUUGAACGCCGAUAAACUCCUCGACCUCGGCAUCAUCCCCAUCAUCUUCGUCAUCCAAACAUUUGUCUCGUAUCUCGUCUCCCGAAUUGUGGCAAGAUGCUUCGGUUUCAACAAACGGGCCUCCAACUUCGUCACGGCCAUGGGCGUGUUUGGCAACUCCAACUCGCUGCCCAUCUCUCUAGUCAUCUCGCUCGCCCAGACGUUGAAAGGGCUACACUGGGACAGGAUACCGGGUGACAAUGACGACGAAGUGGCUGCGAGGGGUAUUCUCUACCUGUUGGUUUUCCAGCAACUCGGACAGCUGGUCAGAUGGAGCUGGGGGUACCAUGUGCUGCUGGCUCCCAAGUCAAAGUACCCAGAGUACACCAAUGAGACCGUUGAGGAGGGCCGCUAUCACGACGAGGAUGCGGAGGAUGACAAUGAACCGCACGGUUUAAUCGAAGGCGUCGAUAUCCUACAUGAGUCCGAAGACCAUGACUACGACCGGCCCUCAAGCCCGACACACACUGACGAUUCCGGGACCCACUACGAGCCGGCCGGUCGAACCCCUGUCGGGGGGUCUUCAGGGGCGUCGCCGAACGACUCGGAGGACGAUGAGCACGACGAGCCACGGAAAGGGAAAGGGAAGCCGGAUACGAACGGCCUCGGCCUGACCGGUCAUCUCCAAGGGCACGAAGACCUCGACAGGAGACUCUCCUUUCCGCACAUCCACAGUACCGACGAAUUUGAAGCGCCGCCGGGCAUCAAGGGUGUCCCCCUGCGGGUGCGACGAUUCGUCAGAAAGGCCGAGCUCAAGUAUUGGAGCUACCUCCAGACGACCGGCCGGCGCGCAUACGAUUCCCUCCCGCGCCCCGUCCAGGUCGGGCUCACGAAGCUCCACCACGCCUGGAAGCGCGUCUACCAGUUCCUCUGGGACUUCAUGAACCCGCCACUCUGGGCCAUGCUCAUCGCCGUCUUUAUCGCCUCGGUCCCCGACCUGCAGGCCCUCUUCUUCCGCGAGGGCUCCUUCAUCAAGACGUCGGUCACCAGCGCCAUCAGCUCGUCGGCUGGCGUCGCCGUGCCGCUCAUCCUGGUCGUGCUGGGCGCCAACCUGGCCCGCAACACGCAGGCGCGCGAUGACGAGGUCGAGCCCGAGGAGCGCGAGAUCGGCACGCGCCUGCUCGUCGCCAGCCUCGUCAGCCGCAUGCUGCUGCCCACCCUGGUCAUGGCCCCCAUCCUGGCCCUCUUCGCCAAGUUCGUCCCCGUCAGCAUCCUCGACGACCCCAUCUUUGUCAUCGUCUGCUUCCUCCUCACCGGCGCCCCCAGCGCCCUCCAGCUGGCGCAGAUCUGCCAGAUCAACAAUGUGUACGAGACGAUCAUGGGGCGUAUCCUGUUUCAGAGCUAUGUCGUUUGGAUCCUACCGUCGACGCUCAUUCUUGUUAUGUGUGCGUUGGAGGUAGUGGAGUGGGCUAAGUGA